AUGACCUCCGGCGAUGACUCGCACGGCGAUUCUGGCCCCCAAGUGACGCACGUUCCUGGCUUUGGUGCGGGCAAGCCGGACGAGGCCUGGAAGAGAUCCCUGGCCAGGAAUUCCGGCUUCUACAAGUACCCACACGAGUUUAGUGAAAAGGAUUUGUCAGAAGCUGAACUGAACGACAAAUUUGAGCGUCUGAUAAAGGCGGACGACCCAAAGUCGGCCUGUACCCCUCUGCAGCUGGAGGAGUUCCGCUGUCUAAAUAAAAACGGCUACCAUACGGACCCGGAGUACGCCUCGACCAAGUGCGUUAAAUGGUACCACGAGUGGCUGCAGUGCAAGUGGGACGAGGAGAAGCUCAAGUUUGGCUACAACUACAUGGAAGGAAGGCCUCAGAGGAAACACAAGGCCUACAUUGCCGCCCCAAACUACCAGUACUCUUGA